AAAAAUGGUAAAUGGGGAGUAAUAAUGACCAAUGUCGGGUUCCACGAGCCUUCUUCUUCGACUUCUUCUCUUUCUGCAACUCCGAGCCCCCUUUCUCUGUAAAUCUAAAAACAAUAUUGUCCUUUUCUAUCAAACCCUUCAUUGAAAAAAAAAAUUGGCAUCCCCACAUAUACCCUUCACGCAUCUCUAUAAAAAUCAUUAUUAUUAUUAUUAUUAUUUUUCUUUGGUGUACUGAUUCUGAAUUCAAUUGCUACAAUCCAAACGAGAAAAAAAUACCCAUAUCUCAGUUUCAUCAAUCUCAAACUAUUCUGUCUGUUUUCUCUGCAUGGACGGUCAUUUCUUGCUCUCACCAAUCUCAACGGAACCAUGAAUGGAAUUACUGGAUCAAGUUUCAAUCUGGGUUUUUGUUCUUCUCCUUGUUCUCCUUGUUCUUCUUCUUCAGUUUUGGCUACGGUUUUCGUUGCUAAUAGUGUUAUUAUGGGCUGCGGACCUUCCAAGGUCGAUGACUUACCUUUGGUAACUCUUUGUAAAGAACGCAAAGAGCUGAUCAAAGCGGCGUCGAUUCACCGCUCGGCUUUGGCCGCUGCUCAUGUGACGUACUUUCACUCCUUGCGUGAUGUUGGUGAAGCAAUCCGUAGGUUCGUCGACGAAGAGCUAGUUGUCGGAUCCUCUUCUUCAGCUGAUUCCCCUGUCCUCACAUUGCCUUCUGAUGAAUUCAAAUCCUCGAAAAAGAAAAAGAAAAAAGACGACGAUGUCGUCUCCUCUCCUUCAACUUCACUGCCCCAUUCCAUUGAAGAACACGGUAAAAACGCGGCAAAACACAAAGAAGAAAGUGAUGGAGAGGGUUCUCACUUAGAUUUGUCAUCUGCCUCUCCUUCAAUUUCCGGGUCAGGUUCCGGUUCACCUUCGGGUCAUGUUGAAAUGCACCAUGGUUAUAGCCAUAGCCCAGACCAAGAAGGUCCAGGGCCAGCUCCUUAUGGUUACAACUAUGGCUAUGGUGCUGGUGGGUAUGGUGGUUAUGGCUAUGGAUAUCCUUACCCUCCCCCUCAAGAAAACUGGGGAACUAAUGGUAAUUCUUCCUCUUAUAUGUAUUACAUGAAGAAAUCUGCAACACCUUCUCAAUCUUUUGUUUAUCAGGAGCCUGAAGGACAUUAUGGCUAUUCAAGUUAUCCAAAUGGAGGCUAUUUUGGAUACCCUAUUGGGUCUCAAGAAUAUGGAUACGGACAGAGGAAUUCUCCUCCCGGUCCACCACAACCACCGCCGGCGCCGCCUUCUCCGCCGAGAAAUUCGACGUGGGAUUUUCUUAAUGUGUUCGAUACUUUCGAUAACAGUGGGUAUCCCAGUUACUAUCCGGUGUCUAGAUAUGGUUAUGGGUCGACUACGAGUAGUCCGGACUCGAAGGAGGUGAGGGAGAGAGAAGGGAUCCCUGAUUUGGAAGAUGAAACAGAGCCUGAAAUGCUAAGAGCUGCUCACAAAGAGAAGAGGAAAAUGGUGAAGGAGGAAAUGGAUCAUAAUUAUAAUGAUAGUAAUCAUAAAAUUGGGAACUUUGGUGAGGGAACUUCAAAGUCAGUUCAAGUUCAAAAGGUUAAUAGUACUGCUGAAGGAUCAACUUCAACUUCUAAAGCAGUCUCAUCAAGUAAAAGUGAGAGCUUGGAGCCUGGUGAUCAUAUUAAUAUUAAUACAAGUAGUGGAAGUGAUACCAUUGUUACAAAGAGUUCCGAGGAAGACUUUCCAAAGAGCAAAAGGGUGAGUUUUGAGGUAGAAGAGGCACCAAAUUUGGAUGUUGACUCUUCAAAGCCUAGUAGUUUGACCACAUUGUCCGUCCACGGCACGAGGGAUCUCCAGGAGGUUGUGAAAGAGAUUAAGGAUGAGUUUGAGACUGCCUCUAGUUAUGGGAAAGAAGUUGCUGUUUUGCUUGAGGUUGGCAAGUUGCCUUACCAGCAACGUAAAGGAACAGGGUUUAGAGUGAUCUUUUCCCGGAUCCUGUACCUAGUGGCACCUAACAUGUUAUCAUCACCUCCUCCACCUGGACCAUCAAUACGAAUAACUUCUAGGACAAUGAAAAUGGCAAAAGAAUACUGUCAGGUUGUAGAACAGGAUGAAAAGCAUAGAAAUCUUUCAUCAACUUUGGAAGAGCUUUAUGAAUGGGAAAAGAAAUUAUAUAAAGAAGUCAAGGAUGAAGAGAGGCUACGGGUUAUUUAUGAGAAGAAGUGUAAGAGACUUAUUAUGUUAGAUAACCAAGGAGCAGAGUCCAGCAAGAUUGAUGCAACACGGGCUUCAAUAAGAAAGUUGUUGACAAAAAUUAAUGUUUGUAUAAAGGCUGUUGAAGCUAUAUCAACUAGGAUACAUAAGCUAAGGGAUGAAGAACUGCAGCCUCAGCUUACUGACUUGGUUUAUGGGUUGAUAAGAAUGUGGAAGUCCAUGCUUAGCUGUCAUCAGAAACAGUUCCAGGCCAUAAUGGAGACCAAAGUUCGAUCUUUAAGAGCAAAUACCGGUUUUGAAAGAGAUUCGGGUUUGAAAGCUACUAUUGAUCUUGAGAUGGAGCUUUUGGACUGGUGCACUCGCUUUAAUAAUUGGAUUAACACCCAAAAGGCAUAUGUUGGGUCCUUGUACGAGUGGCUCAUGAGAUGCAUUCAACGCGAACAGGAAAUAACUGCUGAUGGAGUUGCUCCUUUCUCUCCAGGCCGAGUUGGGGCACCGCCAAUUUUUGUAAUUUGCAACGAUUGGUACCAAGCGAUGGAUAGAAUUUCAGAAAGAGGUGUAGCAAAUGCCAUGCGGAAUUUUGCUUCCAGCCUACACCAGUUAUGGGAAAGGCAAGACGAGGAGCGACGACGGAGGACCAGAGCACAAUAUCUCUCGAAGGAUUUCGAGAAACGACUUAGGGAAUUGCGGUUACAGAGGCAGAGGAUGGAGCAGGAGCAAGAAUCAUUGGAUAAAACUGCAGUUUCCAAGGUUCCUUCCGAAAGUGGAGUUUCGCCACUGGAUGACCUAAAGGUGGAUUUGGAUUCUAUGAGGAAGAAAUUAGAGGAAGAGAGAACCAGGCAUAAGGAUGCCAUCAAAUUGGUUCACGAUGCUGCUUCAAGUAGCUUACAAGCUGGUUUGGUCCCAAUCUUUGAAGCCUUGGGCAACUUUUCCUCGGAGGUUUUGAAAGCACACGAGCAGGUCAGACUUGAAAAUACUGCAGUCUCCUAGCUUUGAUGAUAUCUCCCAUGGAAGAAAGCUUGCCCUUGUUUAUGUACAUCACUUGCCAUGGAAGAGUGAUGGAUAUGGCUAUGUACUCCGUGUGGGGCAUAUACAUUUUUUCCCAAGUUUUUCUUGAAGAGUUCACGGAAGUCAUAUCUCCAUACUACAUCAAACACAGAUAUCAAUAUGGGUGCGGAGACAACAGAAAAUGACCUUAAAUGAACUUGUUUGGGGUGGGGGUGUUGUAGAAUUAUUGAUAUAAAACUGAAAGUUCGCAGAAAGAAGUUGUAUCCCAGAAGAUCUUUUAACUUGAAAACCUUAAAUCCCCCAAUGUUGAUUAAAAUUAACCUCCUGAAUGAUAUAGUUAGGUAGUAGGUUUUGUACAGGAAAAUAUUCAUUUAUUGAUUGAUUGGUUGUAAGUUAAACUGUAUGAGAGGAAGAUUGUAGUUAGAAGUAGACAUAUAUUGUAGAUCAGUGACUUCAAAAAUUAUAUAUUUUUUGACUGGUUAGAUAUAUAGAAAUAGUUAUUUUUGUUCUUGUUAAAACAA